CGUGAUUCUCCAAGACGAUGUAGACCAGAUCAUUGCAGAGAGCCACAGCUUUCUAGACAUGCCUGCACGAUACAUAGACAGUGUAUAGAGAGAAUAGAAGUGAGUGGAAUGAACGAACGGUGGUCGGCUAUAUAUCUCAUUCUGGGGAAACCUCUGCGCAUAUAAUACAUUUUCAUAUGCUGGUGCUAAAGUUAAACAGGAUAGUCGUAUAUUCUAUCUGUAUUUGGGCAAAAAACACGACCUGAUAAUGGACAAAAAACGAAUGGAUGACAUACAACUUCAAGCACGAGAUGAGAGUGAAUAGGCUGACGGUUGCAUUCCCUUACCACAAAGACGCACUGUUUCAGAAGACUGAGAAGAGCUCCAGGAUACAGUAACUUCAACUGAUGUAUUUUACCUUAAUUGUGAAAUUCACAGUUAUUAUUGGCACUGAAUACUAUAUUCCUGAAACUACAAUAUAUUCAUGGGUUAGGUGUAAAAUAUGGAAUCAGUAAGCAUUUUAAGACUCAACAGGUUGACCACUGAAAAUUAAGAUGGCCCACCAUUUCCUAGCUAACAAAAUCUCUAUGCCAGACGACCCCAUCAGCAGAAACUCACCGAAAGUCCCAAAAAGCGCCAUGAAAAUGCCAACAUCAACCUCAGAGAAAGUCCCCACAGAGAAAUCCAACAACAACAAGAAGGACUGUAGUGUCGUCAUGACGACUGUCCCGUUAAUCAAUGAGAUGCAGCUGACAGCGGCCACCGGUGGGGCGGAGAUGUCGUGCUACCGGUGCACAGUGCCAUUCGGCGUGGUGGUCCUCAUUGCCGGUAUUGUGGUAACUGCUGUGGCGUACAUGUUCAACUCACACGGCUCCACCAUCUCGGUGCUGGGGCUGGUUCUGCUGUCGGCCGGGCUGGCUCUACUGGGGUCCAGUACCGUCUGUUGGAGGGUCCGGCUGGGGCGGAAGAAGGACCGGAGGAGGGAGAGUCAGACGGCCCUCAUGUCCAACCAUGGUGUCUGUGUGGUCUGAGCCCUGAGGGAGAUAGGGACUGUUAAAUGGAAGUUUGAACAAUUUGAAGUUUGAAUGAAGAGGUAAUGAACAGCGACUACUAGAGAGAGAUGAGGGAUGUCAGAGGUGGUUGGGUAUGAAAGACAUUGUCCAAAACAGAUGCUUAGCUGAAGGACUAGAAUGGCCUAGAAAGACCAUAUGUACUAUAGGUAAGAUCCUAUCUGUAAGGACUAGAGUGGCCUACAAAGACUGGCAGGUAGCCUAACAGUUAAAAGAGUGUUGAGCCAGUAACCAAAAGGUUGCUGGUUUGAAUCCCUGAGCUGACUAGAUGAAAAAUCUGUUGCUGUACCCUUUAGCAAAACAAGUACAACCCUAAUUACUCUGGAUAAGAAUGUCUGCUAAAUGACAAAAAAAUCAUGAAGAUGGAAUAACCAAAUUAUUGAAGAGGAAGGAUGGAUUAGGGUGAAUUUGCCCCUAGAUUCUGAUCUUCAGGCUUUUUUCAUUUUCCUCACUAAUGGUUAAGGUUAGGAUUGGGGUAGAGCAAGCUGAUCCUAGAUCUGUACUUAGGGGAAACUUCACCCUGGAGCAGAAAGGAUAGUUGCACGGAGGACCAUGAUUCUCAAUUCUACUAUACUCAUGCAUGUCAUGUGAUGCAUCUGUGACUGUAUGGCUGCUCAAUUGAUGUUUCAAGUGAACAUUUCAUAGGUACUUAAUGUUAUGUCUUAGAUAUGUAGACAGUAGCUGACUUUACAGGGUCAAAUCACCCUUUAUUACUGCGUAAAGUGAACUUAGGAAGUGAUUGCCUAAAUGAAGUCAAUGUAUCUCUCAAGUUUGAUAUGCAUGAUUUUUUAUGCUUCCAAUGUACUUUUGUAACUGCCUAUUAUGCCUACUAUUGAUUAAUUUGAUACAGUUUGUGCCAAACUGUGUUAGUAUAGUACAAGACCAUAGCUGUGGCAAAGCAAGUUGUGGUUUCAUAUGUACCAUUGUACUCUGGUAAAGUUGUAUUUUCAUGAUAUUUAUGACAAAUCUGUUGAUAUAUAUUUGGAAUAUUUGUGCCACUACACUUAAGAUGUUAAAUCCAUGUGCCAAUGAAUCUGUCAAUCAACCAAUAAAUCAAUCAACCAAUCAAA